GCCACACCAAAAUUUAAUGGAAUGAGAAGGAGAAAAAAAUCUACAUUGCUUUGUAUAAAUAUCGAGUCAGAUGAAGAGAUCAAUUCUCUGUCAAAGAAAUCAAUGUUUUAUUCACCACUUGAAGAUGUUCGAGAAACAGAUUAUUGGACGGCAGUGGACGAUGUCAAACACGAUUAUCUCUCACUUUUACAGUUUCCCAUCGAUGACAAUGCAAUUAAGAAUAAUCAUUCGAAAGAAACUAAACCUUCAAAUAAUCUUAUUAUGGAAUUGUCAAAUACGAUUGAAGAGAUUUCCAUUCAGAAAAAGUUUAUGAAAUGCAAAGUUGAGAAUCAUAGUCACCUUUCUUUGAUUGAAACGCCGUCUAGCAGCGAUGAUGAUGAUGGAAAUGGUAAUGAAGAGCCUAACAAACCUUCAGUUGUCAGAAGUAACAAUGAAAACGAAAAAAAAUAUCUUCCAAGGCCCCCAAUUCGCAUGAUCUCAGCAGUAUUUUUCAUAGAUGAUGAAGAUGAUGAAAAAUAUAAUGUUAUUGACCUCGUUUCUGAUCCAUUAUACCUCAACAUCGACAGGAAAGGAUGUGAGAAACUGUUGAGACAUCGGGAAAAUGGUGCGUUUUUAUUCAGGCCAAGUCAAAAUUAUUUUCUAGUGUUGACUGUGAAGAAAAAUGACAUGUUUUGUAACUUUGGAAUCGAUAGAGCAUACGAUGGAAAAAUUUAUCUGCAUUCCGAAACUGCUUCAAUAAUCCCUACAUUCUCGAGCCUACAAGAAUUUAUCAAUUAUUACUGCUUUGAACCCAUUGUAUUUAGGAAAACUGAGGAUCUUGACGAAUGGGAUGAAAUAUGCAUGAAUCCGUCCCUUGGAAAUGACGCAUUUCAGAAAAAUCGGAUAAAAAAAUUUAAUGCUAUUGAAAAGUCUCACACAAAGUUGACCAAAAGUCCAUAGGAUAUGGACUUUCAUUGCGGCAAUGAACUGAAAAAAUAUUGUGAGAAUGGUUGAAUUUGUAUAUGAUAUUUCAAUAAAACAGUGAAUACAUA